UAUGUAAUGGCUGACUAUGACAGCGCCAGUGGCUGCCGGGUCAAUUGCUGUGUGAUUUGAAGCAAGAGUUUGAGCAAUAAGACACAGAAAAGUAACGGUGGCCUCUUUUAUUGACGCUGCAGUUGGCUUCUUGCUAACAUACCUCGACUGAUACCAGAUUAGACUGCCAUUUCAACAUACUGCGCUGCUAAGAGAAGACAGCUCCAUGUAUCACAAAGAGAAGAGCAUCCAGAUCAAAAACAGCGCUUCGGCGCUGUACAACAACCUCGGCGUGCUACGCAUCGCCCCGCGACGCCUCACCUACUUCACGGUGGUCCAUGCUAACGUGGUCAACAUGGUCAGCGCGUCCUGGGACGGACUCAACUAUUCCCACCGUCAGCUGCAGUCCAAGGAGCCCAAUGUCGCCACAAGCACGUCGCUCAUCAUGCAGGCUGCGUUUUGUCCCCUGCCCUCUCGUGAUCUGCUGGUGGUGACUUCUCAGAAAGGCAUUCAGAUGUAUGAAUCUGAUGGCUCCAUCAUGGUGUACUGGCAUGCACUGGAUACUCCGGAAACACCCACAGCUCAGGCAGUGUUUGCUCGGGGGAUAUCAGCAGUGUGGGAGAGUUAUAUAUGUGUGGGCGUCUCAUCUGGUGCAAUUCUAGUAUUUGAUGUUCCCAGUAAAGGCAGUAAUAUUACCCUGUCUGAGGUCCUGGAGGAGCACAAGGAGUCCAUCACUGACAUGGCCUCGGAGUGCUCUGGCAGCCAGGAGUGCAUAGCCGAUCUGGUCAGUGCCGAUGAUGGGGGCAACCUGUGUGUGUGGAAGUCUGGAGAGGAAUUUCAGCUGCUAAACAAUAUCCCUGGCUUUGAUAUGAGCUGCUCAUCUGUCAAGCUGUGGAAAGGUACAGUGGUGGCAGGUUACGGCACAGGCCAGAUUCGUCUCUAUGAGGCAGUGACGGGAAUCCUGCAUGCUGAGAUCAACGCCCACGCUCGCUGGAUAUACUCACUAGACAUUGCUCCUUUUUCUGGGCUGCUUCUGUCUGCUGCUGAGGACUCUCUAGUCAGAGUGUGGCACCUGACACUGACCCCAGAGACCAACAGUGUGGAGGUUGCCCAUUUGCACAAUGAGUGUGUGACAGACACACAGAUCUGUGGCGCUAAGUUCUGCGACGGCGAUGGUUAUGCCUUUGCGGUGACAGGCUAUGACCUGAGUGAGAUCAUACGUUACACCCAAACAUAGGACAUUCAUUGAAGCUAAGAAUUGGAAUGUGAAUUUGGUAUAUUGGAAUGUUUCUGGAAGGAUAACAUGACCAAGAUGGCACAGAGUCAAACGUCAAAUGUUUAAUGGCAUUUCUGUCUCUAUGUCUACAAAGGCUAGAAAGAGAUGAGUAUAUAAGAUAAUAAUGCAAAAGUAAUUUGUUAAAAUUUCUGUAAAUAUUUUAAGUGCAGAUGUUUACAUGUAUGUGAAUGUAACUUAAAAAAAGUAAUGGAAUAUUCUAUUGUUCUUUAUGACAUCAUUGUUUCAAGCAACUAUACCAGUAAAAGAUUUUGUAGAGA